AGAUCAAGAACAGGCAGCUAUGUUGCUGAGACGUUGGUUGAGGCGCCUGGUGUUGCUGGGACACAGUUCUCAGAGUCACAUGCCAAAGCAUCAGAGGCAGUGCUGGACUAACACACCAAGAUCCAAGAAUUUAAAAGAUCAUAUUUUUGAAGAGACAAGGGUUAGCCAGGAGCACCUCACCCCUGAACUGUCACUGCACCUUAUCACUCCUGCUUGUCCACUCUGGACUGCUCCUCCUCACCUUGUCCCCUUCCCUGACCCUUUCUGGGCCUUCUACUGGCCAGGGGGACAGGCAGUAUCAAGGUAUAUCCUUGAUAACCCAUCAUUGGUGCAAGGAAAAACAGUGCUUGACUUUGGCUGUGGCUGUGGGGCAAGUGGACUUGCUGCCAAGAAAGUUGGUGCCAAGCAAGUCACCUUCAAUGACAUUGAUGAAGUUGCCAUAGAAGCUUUGCAUCUCAAUGCAAGUAAGAACCAGAUCCCAGUGGAUACUGUGACCACAUCAAACUUGGUGGGGACAGCUGGUCAGCACCACCAGGUUAUUUUGGCUGGUGACCUUCUCUAUGACUCUGAGUUUGCUGAUGAGGUGCUCACUUGGCUGCUAGAAGCUCAUAGAAGCGGAUCCCUGGUGCUCAUCGGUGACCCAGGAAGGUUUGCCCUUAAGAGUCACCCCCAUAAGGCUUCCCUACGCUGCCUGGCAAAGUAUGAGCUUUCUCGCACUGCCCUCCUGGAGAACAGUGGCUACCUUCAUGCCUUUGUCUGGACCUUCAGAUAAAAGUAGUCUUAUCACCAGUCCCCAUAGCAUACAGCAAAAAGUCAAAGAGUCUGAAAGGGGCCUUUGGUUCUCCAAUAGAUGGCAGAUGGCCAAUCAAAGACUAUUUUUCUGGCAUUUUUUUUUGUCACAGUGAUAGGCAUUAGGGGGGUCGUUGCCUACCUAAGUCAAUUUUCUGACUUUUCUGUCAGUUUUAAAUGUAAAUAAAAUAUAAAUUCAUA